AUGCCUCCAGCCAAUACCACCACUUCUGGUUCAAUCCAUGCCUCCUCAUUGAAUUUGCAAAACUCCAACGAAGCCUCUGUUCGACCUGCUUCUUCCAUUUCCCUUACAAACAACAUCUAUAAUACUCAUAGUCUCCCUCUGGACCUGAGAGAAAAUGACGAUGAGAAAUCAAGGCAGAUUAAAUUGAAUUUACAGCUACCGCCUGUGAAGCAUAGACCAAAUGCAAAACACGUUAGUAGAGCUUGUUUACAAUGCAGAGCAAGGCAUUUAAGAUGCGAUGGAAAUCUACCGAUUUGUGGAAGAUGUUCUAAAUCUGACAAAACAUGCACCUAUGUUAAAUCUCACCGGGGUGGUUCCAGAAGAAGAAAAAGACAGAAAAACAACAAUAUCUCCACUCAUGACACUAAUGACAAUGCCAGCGAUGAUAUUGCUGUUGCAAUCAAUGGAAAUCUAAUUGAAGCGAAAGAGAUGUCAAUUACUCCUCUGGAAUCCAACACUGAGAUUGAUUUCAAUAAAUUUUCCAAGAAUUUAUCCUUUGAUCAAAUGCUAAAGAUGCCCUGUGUGACUGGAGCCACCAAUGAACCUUGUCCUACUUCUAAUUGUCCUUUAGAAAUACAUAAAAGACUUCUUAAACAUCCUUUAUCUUCUUCCAAUUCUUUCAGUGCAAAAAGCGAAAAUUCUAAUGAAAAUUCAAAUAAAAAUUCAAAUGAAAAUUCUAAUGACAAUUUUAACGAAACUUUUAACGAGACUUUUAAUGGCAAUUUCAAUCAUGAUUCUGAAAAUUUGCUGAAAAUUGACAUUCUGUUAUCCAGUAUUUAUUUUUCUACCAGUAAUUUAUUGGACUUUGGUAUCGUGGACCAAAAAUUAACCGUCCAGCUAUACUACUCGAAUUUUCAUAACAUUCAUCCUUUUCUACCUCCAAAAGAAGUCUUUUUACAAAAUUUCAACAAUAUAUCUUAUAAAGAUGAUUUAAUAUUUGCCAUGAAACUAAUUAUUGAUGGCCAAACAACUUCAAAAUAUGCAAACUCCCCUAAUUUAGUUUCAGAUAGAGUGAAUCAAUGUUUACACUUAAUCAAUAAAUCAACUUAUGACUCAGAUCUAAUAGCUUUGCAAGCUUUGCUAUUGUUAUCUUUAGUCGCUCAUAUUUCUUCCCUACAUGACUUAAGCCGGUACUUAAGAGAAAAGUGCGUCAAGUUUGCUGUUGAUUUAGAACUCAAUUACAUCGAUAAGGAGCACCUUCAAUUGAAGCCUGAUACCAACAAUUUAAAUAAUCCUAAUCAAACUUGGGACGCAUUAUCAAUCAGAAAUACUUGUUCUCCUGAAAUACAACAAAAACUCAGAAUUUUUGAUUCCCAACGUCUAAAGAACAUUCCUUGUGAAGCGCUAAUAGAUUCUGCUAGAAGGUUGUUUUGGGAGUUAUAUAUGCUUGAUAUCUGCAUUGGUUCGGCAGAUGGAAAAACUUUAUCAAAGUUGGCUUCCUUGCCUAUAUACGUUAACUACCCGAACCUACCAACACCAGAUCAGUUCGAUUAUAAAGGUCGUUCUGAAGCAACAAAAUUAGUCAACGAUGUUAUUAGGAUGAAUAUUGCUAUAAUAGAACAAAAACCUUUUAAUUCAUAUUUAAUUCAGGCUACUGCUGCUCUAGGCAAUUGGGAAAUGAGAUUAGAAGACCCGACUUUAUUCCAGUCUCCAUAUCUAAUCAAUGAGUUUGGUGAAAUCAAUGAAGGUGUUCAUCAAGCCAUUAUAAUGUUUCACUAUGCCAACAUAUUUCUACACCGUCCAUUUUCUUAUCUUUGGAAAACUGAAGUUCCAAAAAUCCCUCGAUGUACCAACUUGGACUCCUCAGACUCAAUGGUGUACCCUGAUAAAAUAGCAUCGAGAAAGAUAAUUGAAACGAGAAAAACUAUUGAUGCUGCUAACUCAAUUGUGAAACUAUUAAUAGAUACCAAUGCUUCAAAAAUCAAUAAAAGAACUCCAUUAUUUGCUUGCUCGUUAGCAUCUGCUAGUUUGGUUCAUCUAAGCGCUUACAUUUGGGUUGGCUCGAUUCUAGAUGGUGCUCAAAACAGAAGUGCUAACCCAAUUUUAAAUUUUGAUAGAUCUGAAUUGAAGCUUUAUGGAGAAUAUAUCAAAUUAGAGUUAAUUGGAAUAUAUUCUAUAUCAAAGCACUGGCAUUUAUCGUGGAAGUUGGCGCUUCACAUUAGAGAUUGCAUUAAAAAACUCACGCCUAUCUUAUAUGAAACCUUAAAAGAAUCGUUGCCUUCUUCAUUAGUGCAAAACUCUUUGAAAUCUGUGCCACUGGCAUCAUCUUCUGUGACGGCUUCAACAAAUCAAAAUUCAUUAUUUUCUACAAACAAUAGUAAUAGUGAUUCAUUCGAUAAUAACAGCGACCACAGUAGAACAAAUAAAGAUAGUGUGCAAUCAAAUAGUAAUACAAAUAGUAAUACAAAUAGUAACAAUUUUGAAGGGAAUAUAAAUGAAUUUAUGGACAAUUCUAUAUUUAAUAUUGAAACAAUCAAUAAUUUUGAGCCUUUGUCACCAAUAUCAGAGACUGGGUGUGACUGGAUUGAUAAAAAUAUUUUUGACCAUUCAGAAUUGAAUUUUGAAUUUGAUUUGUAG